CAGGACAAGCUCUUCAGCUGGAAGGGGGUGCCUUGGGGUCCUGGGGGAGUACCCCGCUACCCUCCUCCAGGGCCAGGGGCCCAGCAUCUUCAGGCAGGAAAUACUCAGAUCAUUGUGAGGCUCGGGCCUCGAGGCCUGGAAAGAGUCGAAUCCCUGGCAGGGACCACCGGCGCUACUACCACGACCACUGGCGGCUGGAGUACCUGAUGGAUUUCAUCCCUUCCCGGCAUGGCAUGGUGUGUAUGGUCUGCGGCAGCUCCCUGGCCACCCUCAAGCUCAGCACCAUCAAGAGGCACAUCCGCCAGAAGCACCCCUACUCCCUCCAUUGGAGUCCCCGGGAGAAGGAAGUCAUCAGCAACAGCUGGGAUGCCCAUCUGGGGCUGGGGGCCUGUGGUGAGGCUGAGAGCCUGGGGGCCCAGGGGGCUGAGGAGGAGGAGGAAGAAGAUGAAGAGGAGGAAGAGGGGGCCAGCGUUCAAGCUUGCCCACCUAAGGGCUCAGGCAAAGCCCCAGCUGGUGGGGGCUGCCGGCGCCAGCGGCGAGGGGUACGAGGGGGCCCAGUGGCACCUCGACGCCGGCGCCUGGCAGCCUCCCGAAGGCCUGGGGGUAGCAGGGGUCUGGGGUCCCGGCGCCUGGAGCGGAGGCUGAAGGAGUCCCUGCAGAACUGGUUCCGGGCCGAGUGUCUCAUGGACUACGACCCACGGGGGAAUCGGCUGGUGUGCAUGGCCUGCGGCCGGGCACUGCCCAGCCUGCACUUGGACGACAUCCGUGCUCACGUGCUGGAGGUGCACCCCAGCUCCCUAGGGCUCAGUGGCCCCCAGCGCAGUGCCCUGCUGCAGGCCUGGGGUGACCAGCCUGAGGCUCUGUCCGAGCUCACCCAGCCCUCACCAGACGAUGACCUCGUCCCCCAGGACCUGACCAGAAAGAGCCGGGACUCCGCCCCCGCUGCUGGAGCCCCCUCCUCUCAGGAUCUCAGCCCCCCAGACGUAAAGGAAGAGGCUGGCUGGGUGCCUGAGAGGCCCGGGCCGGCAGAGCAGGAGGAGGAGGCCGAGGAGGGCGAGGGCGAGGGCGAGAGGGCGGGCAACCAGGGCCGGCCGAGGAGGGGCAGAGAUCAUCGCCGCCACUACCAGGAGCGCUGGCGGCUGGAGUACCUCAUGGAGUUGGACGGCUGCCGGCGCGGCCUGGUGUGCAUGGUGUGCGGGGGCGCGCUGGCCUCGCUCAAGAUGAGCACCAUCAAGCGACACAUCCGCCAGCGCCACCCGGGCUCCAACAGCCUCAGCGGGCCAGUCAAGGCCCUCAUCGCCCAGGAGUGGAGCGAGAAGGCCGCACACCUGCUGGCCCUGGGGCUACCCAGCCCGGAGUCACCCAGCGGCCCUGUCGCCCCCAGCGCAGCCUCAGCGUCUGAGGAGGGGGGAGGGGCAGAGGAGGCGGAGCCAGAGGAGGAGUGGUGGGGCGACACGCCGCUGUCCCCUGGAGCUUCGUCGGAGCGGCCCGCCGAGGAAGACGAGGAUGACGAUGACGGCCAGGAGUCCGGGGGGCUGGCCUUCCCCCCGCUGCCACUGCCGCCGCCGCCACCACCACCGCCGCCGCCGCCGCGCAGCCGGGAGCAGCGGCGCAACUACCAGCCGCGCUGGCGGGGCGAGUAUUUAAUGGACUACGACGGCAGCCGCCGCGGCCUGGUGUGCAUGGUGUGCGGGGGCGCGCUGGCCACGCUCAAGGUGAGCACCAUCAAGCGACACAUUCUGCAGGUGCAUCCCUUCUCCAUGGACUUCACCCCGGAGGAGCGCCAGACCAUCCUGGAGGCGUACGAGGAGGCGGCACUGCGCUGCUACGGCCACGAGGGCUUCGGACCACCCGCCCCGGCGGCGCGGGACGGCGGCGCGGACCUCAAGACCGGCGCAGUGUGUCGCGCUUAGCACUCGCCCUGCGCUAGCCUGGCCCUCGAGCUGAGAGACCCUGAUGGCUGGCGCUGGGCCCCCCCGCUGGCCGGGCAGGGCCGGGCAGGGCCGGGGUUGGGGUGGUGCCGCUGCUAUCCCUCGGUGACAUUGCUGUGCUAGCUAGUCCGGAGUCUCUGGCGCGAACUGGCGCGGGGCUCCCGGCGCUCUCCGUGCGGUGCUACUCCGGAAAAGCCAGAGCGCCUCCCCACUGCUCACAGCGAGCUCUCCCGGUCGCGCCCGAGGGCGCAGGGCUGCCAGGCCCGGGUUGGGGCGCCGACAGUCAGUAUUUGGGUUGAAGGCAGGGCGCAGGAAAGUCAGGAAGGACGCGCUGGCCGCUUGCCCUGGCCGGGGGCCCAGUUCUAUGCGGCCUCACACGCCAGCAGGCGUGGCUCUCGGCUCCGGGCUGCUGGGGUGGGGUCCAAAUUGGUAUUCUUGGCCUCUCAGAGGCCCAGGCUGUGGACUGGGCCUGAGCAGGGGUCGGGGUGCGGGCGGAGCGGUAGGGCCCAGUCGGUUUCGCCAGCUUCCCGGGCUGGCCCAGGGGACAGCGCACCCCUCCUGGGCCGCUGCCACGCCUUCAGGACCGGGGUCAUAAAAGGAUUAGCACUUUUUUUCCUUAGGCCCUCCUACUCAGAGGGCUUCUGUAACCCACACGGUGAAGCAGCAGGAGCCCGCUUGGUCCAGCGGCAGCACUGUUCUAGCCCGGGGCACGGGGCAGUUGGUCGCUAUUACUGCUCCUUCUGAACGUGAAUUGUCCUCUGUGGACACGCUACUAAUUAGUUCUCAGCUCCCAGGGCUUGAGGCCGGGCCUCGGCCUCUCUUGCUCUUUACUGAGACAGCGCCAGGCCCCGUGGUGCCUGAAGGGCCCCUCAAUCUCCCAGGCAGGUCCAAGAGGGAUGUGUAGAUUUCCUUCUCCUGUGGAGAACAGGUGGUCCGAAGAUCAGGCCCUUUUUUUUGCUCUUUGUAUUUUAUUUUGAAACUGUAUUUAAUGCUUUUUAUAUGAAGGGGAGAGGGGAACUGGCCCAAUCACCCUUAUGUGCAAAUGUCUUAUUUAUUAUUGCGUGUAUCAGAGAUAAGCUGUGAGAUGGUGGAGGAAGGACAGAAAUGGAGUGUGCUGAGGGGAUUGGGAGGAUACUAAAUAUCCCCACGUUUCCCUGGCCUAUUGUCUCUAGGUUCAGUGUCUGCUCUUCACAGAGGGAAGGCACUGCAGGCACUGUGCCCACCUUUUAAAGUCAGGGUGCGGUGAUCAGGAGCUGGGGCACGAGAGGGGCCCUGGAUUCUGGGGCCAGUGCAGCCCUUGUGGUGAGAAAACAAGCAAAAGAAGUUCCUUCUCACCCGCCAGAGCCAGAGCUCAGGGUUCAAGUGCCUCAGGCCCAGUUCCCCAGACUUCCUGAUCUGAUCAAGAGUUUGAUUUUAUACCAUGGAUUUUAUAGCAUUUUUAUACAACUCAAGAUUGUCAGUAAAAAGGGACCCUGGAGAUCACAAAAGGAUCCCUUUCAGAGAGAGGGGCAAAAUUCCAAACCCCGGAAAUUCUUAGCUAAGAACAGGUCAAAAACUAGAAUAAAAAAUAUCUCAACUCCCAGUUCAGUGAGCUUUGCACUAGAUUGCACUGCAUCCAAUCUGGCAAGUUACCAAGAUCCCUUUACCUAUUCAGGCGGCCAAGAUGUAGUGCGCUGGGCACUGCAGUCGCACAGCACUUGUGACUCCCGAGGGGAGAAAAGCACGGCGCUUCCUGGGAGUGAGGGUGCAGGCAGCUUCCAGCAGCGCAGGCCUGUGGAUCAGAACUCCACGUGGGGCCUACCUCCCCUCCGCCCAGGUUUCCCCAAUGGAAAUAAGGCUGCUUAUCUGUGCUUGUUUUAAGGCCAUCUGGAAUGGCUGCUGGCUCAGUGAAAUUCCAGUUUUGACCAGCCAGGUUUUGGAGACAGUAUUAAAAUCUUGAGAAUAGAAAUUAUGGUGCCAGGCUGUGCACCUACCUUUUUUGCUUUCCAUCAUGCAUGUAUUUAAACUGAGUAUUUUUUUUUCCCCCACCUCUACACCACCUUUUAGAAACAGAAGGCAAAACUGGAGCUGCUGAUCGUCAUUGCCAGAGCUCACUGUUGAAGUUCAGGAUAUCUGGGACAGGUUUUAGUAGCACCCAAGCUAGCAUCAUCUCUUAAGCACUUGCUGGAGACAGAAAUCCUUGGGUCCACCUGGUUACUGAAAAGGGUAGGACCCACACUACGUUUUUGAUAGGCUUUUCCCGUACAAGCUGCAGCUCCCCAAGGUGGUUGUCCGGCAAGUACCUCUGCAAUGAUUCUGCCAUGACUGGACCUAUGGCCCCAAGGGUCAAGGGGUUGGUGGGUCUCCUCCCUCGGGAUUCGGACACAAACAGGCAAAGUCCCUUCAUUGUUUUGUUAACGGUAUGCUUGCUAUUAUGGCCCAUAUGUAAAUGUUACUCCGGACACAUAUUUAUAUGCCAUGUUACUUAGUGACACUAUUCAGACAUUUGUAUGUGUAUUUGUGAAGUUGUUUGCAUCAGUCAUUUAAAAAGUAUUUCAGCCUAAGUUUUUCCCGAGAGGUAUGUUGAAUAAAAUCUCAAAAAGUCCAGCCCUUUGGAUCACAACCAACUUAGUUUUGGGGCAGAGUGAGUCAGAUGGGUUCUGAUGUCAGACCAGACAUGCCAUGACCAGCUCAGCUUUUGGCUCAUGUGGUUUAUAGGCUGCUUCCUGUGGCAAGUGGGGACCCUUCCCAUUCCCAGGCUGGUGAGAGGCUGAUCUAGACCCUUUCACUCCAGUCAUCUUACAGGGUCUCUAACUUCAUUUUAGAAACCAAGUACAGCUUGUGCUUGCUCAGUGCCAUGGGGAUCCUUGCAAUCUUGGGAGUUCUUUUUGAAAGUUUCCGGAAUGAGGGUUGAAGUGAAAGCCUUUUGCUCUCAUUUCACCCAAACUGUGUACAAAGAAUAAAGUCGCAGACUGAUGAGACA